AUGGGCCUGCUGGACCUGUUUCAGCGGUUUGAGGAAGCCGUAGAGCGGUAUCAGGCCUUCUGGAACGCGCUGGACGCGGUGGACGCCGAGCUGUGGGUGGUGGAUCCGGAGCGACCGGCGCGGAGGGACCAGCGGCGGCGCCUCGUCAUCAGCGGCCAGCUGUCGCUGGAGGUGACCGUGGAGCCCCUGUACCCCACGGCUGUGCCGGGCUGCCGGUUUCUGGGCGCGGAGGCGGCCGCUGCCGAGCUGAGGGAGCGACUCGCCAGCAAGAUAGACCUAUACGGAGCGCGAGAGAUGCAUAAGCUCCUCCAUCUUGUAUGA